AUGGAAAACUUCGCCCUCGACGCAACCCACAAAGGCGGUCUGACCAUCCAGCACUACCUCGACUGCUCGCCCAACGUCGUCAGCAUCUUCAAGGAGGUCAACAAGCUGGUUCUUGUCGUCACCAUUGGCUUGGUCUCUGUUUCGCUGCUUCGCACCUUCCGUCCCUCGACGUCUCGUGCCUCAUGA